UGUGAGGUCCGGCUUUGCUGUCCGGCAGUAGCCCAGAAGCUAGAUACUGACGGUGCUGCGGGACUUUUAAACAGCGGUCCGGGGCUGCGUCAAGGAAAUUGGGACUGUUCCGGAAAAAGCGGGACUUUUGGGCGGAAACAUUUUGACAAUAUUUGUAGAAUAUUGCCUGCAUUCGGGGUAUCCCAAAAUCCAACACCACCAAGCAAAAAAAUAGAGGCUUUUGGAGACUCAAGUUAAUGGAAUUAUUUUAAGGACUUUUUCUGUGAAUAAAGGAAUAAUACUUAUGGAAUUCAGAAAAGAAGAAAUGUGGACUGAUGGUAAAUACGAGUAUGAACGACUUCCUAGACAUCGCCUUCCACCACGUGAAAUUCCUCCUGAUGGAGAGUAUCACAGGAUGGUAAACAUAGUCAACAGAAGGCCAGAUGAGGAAAGUUACCAUCGCUUUGAAGACUACAGUGAUUCUGAAUUCCAAAAUUAUGAGGAGUUUUAUGUCCAUGAGCGGAGAAGUGGUUUUCCAUACAGAGAAGACCCAGGAUAUAGAUGGCGAGGUGAGCCUCAUCUGAGCCGGCACCCUGAGUACAGAGAAAGCAAAGAUGGCUACAAGAAAAAGGCAUACUACCACCCUAAUGUCUGUCCCAGAGAACGCUCACCACACAAGAGAGAUUCUCCAUUUCUCCGGGACUCUCCUGUUACUAGAAAGGAUUCUCCACAUAGUAGAUCUGGUUCCAGUGUUAGCAGCAGAAGCUAUUCACCAGACAGAGGGAAAUCCUACCCAUCCCAUCAACACAGAAGAAGUAACGAGCGGUCAGGUACUCAUCCUUUAAAGUCUCCAGCGGUAUCCCCGACAAGUUCUGCUGCAGUUCCUCCUCCAAAGGGUGCAGAAUUAGAUAAAAGUAGCAGACUGUCCGAUCCUGUUUUUAUGGAGGCUGCUUGUAAGUGGGUUGCUGAGAGAAUGGAGAAGGUCACUGAAAACAAAGAUUGUACAGAAGAACAUGCUGGGUCAUCUUCUGCACUGCAUGGAGACCAGAUUGCUGAGUUAGAGGCGAAUGUUUCUGGAAUUUCUGAAUUUCAUGAUGCAAAUUCACAUAUCAGCCGUUCAAGAGCAAUUGCAGCAAAGACGAAAGAAAUUGAAGAGGUCUACAGGCAGGACUGUGAGACAUUCGGCAUGGUUGUGAAGAUGUUAAUAGACAAGGACCCCACACUUGAGAAGCAAAUUCAGUUCGCCUUGAGGCAAAAUUUAAGUGAGAUUGGGGAAAGGUGUAUUGAAGAGCUAAAAAUGUAUAUCACAGAGUAUGAUGCUGCACACCAGGAAUUGGUAUAGGAUGCUCGCAAAGCACAUUUUUCAAAUUUUAAAUUAAGAUUCUCUUAGUUGCUAUGUCUGUCUUCAUAAUAAUUAUCCUCUAUAAAAUAUUUUGGAUAUAAAAAAAAAUAAAGUAAAAUAAGAAUUAUACUGUGGGUUCUUUUUAGACAAAAUACAUAGGACCUAGGACAUUUUGUAUCCAAAUGUUAUGUAUAAAUAACAUAAUACUGUAGAGUAAAAUGUGUUUUGGUAUGUUCUUUACUUGAAUGAUGUACAGAUUGGUGUGAAUUUUGCUUCACUAUUUCCAAGUGAUUUGAUAUGUAAAUCUCCACAAUGUAAAUUUCUCUAACCUCUUUUCUUUCAUUGUUUUUCUUAUAUAUGGACCUUAAAUAAUUGUUGCUUUCUGUUUUUAUUUUCAAACUAUUAAACAAGAACCCAGUUUUUUUUUUUUACUCCAAACAA